AUGUGAAACAUGUUCGCGUCACUGAAAUAACGUCUAGCUCUGUCGCUUUAAAAAUUGGUUGACGGUGUGCCAAACUAAAGGGAGAAUAAAAGAAUUAUUAGGAGUUUCGGAUUUGCCGGUGUAACUGCAUUGCUAACUAUAUGAAAAUGUCUGAAGAUAUUAUUAUGCAUACCACAAAUAAUGCCAACGACAUAAGUAAAAGCGUGACAAAGAAGGCAUCGUCCAGUGAUAUGCCGGCAACAACAGCGGAGGAAAUGACCUCACGCGAUUAUUACUUCGAUUCUUAUGCCCACUUUGGCAUACACGAGGAGAUGUUAAAGGAUGAGGUUCGAACCAUAACGUAUCGAAAUGCGAUGUACCACAACAAACACUUAUUUCGAGGAAAAGUGGUUUUAGAUGUCGGCUGCGGCACCGGCAUUUUGUCAAUGUUUGCUGCCAAAGCGGGAGCCUCAACAGUAAUAGCCGUCGAUUGCUCGAAUAUUGUGGAAUAUGCACGCCAAGUAGUUAUUGACAAUAAUCUAAACGACGUGGUAAAAGUUGUUAAGGGAAAAAUAGAAGAAAUCGAAUUGCCCAACGGAAUCGAAAAAGUUGAUAUUAUUAUAUCUGAAUGGAUGGGUUAUUGUCUAUUUUAUGAAUCAAUGUUAGACACAGUAUUGUUUGCACGUGAUAAAUGGUUGACCGCAGAUGGAAUGAUGUUCCCAGAUCGUGGUACACUGUACAUAACAGCCAUAGAGGACCGACAGUACAAAGAUGAGAAAAUCAACUGGUGGGACGACGUUUACGGUUUCGACAUGAGUUGUAUUAGAAAAGUCGCAAUAACAGAACCACUGGUAGAUGUGGUUGAUCCGAAGCAGGUGGUAUCCACAUCUUUCCUUAUAAAAGAAGUAGAUUUAUACAAAGUUAAAAAAUCAGAUUUGGAAUUUGUGUCACCAUUUACUUUGGUCCUUAAGCGAAAUGAUUUCGUACAGGCCUUGGUUACCUACUUUAACAUCGAGUUUACCAAGUGUCAUAAACGUCUUGGAUUCAGUACAUCUCCUGAAGCUACAUAUACGCAUUGGAAGCAGACGGUCUUUUACUUGGACGAAUACUUGACUGUUAAAAAAGGAGAGGAAAUCAAAGGCACAUUUCAAAUGAAGCCAAAUGAGCGCAAUAACCGCGAUUUGGAUUUUAACAUUGAAAUACAUUUCAAAGGAGAACACUCGGAAGUGCAUGAGAACAACACAUAUAGAAUGCGUUAAUAAAAGCUUAAACAACUGUUUCCACAAUAUGUUUAUAAAGAAGUAGAACGCUUAAGUCGUAGAUUGUAAGUUUUAAUUACUACUGAGUUCUUAAAUGCAAAUAACUGUUCUUCGCACUUUCACCUACCUGUAUCUCCUUUUUCUGUGAAUCGCCAGUAUAUUGGCUAUCUAUAGGGACAUACUCUUUGUCAACAACAAGAAUCAUUGAAUCAAUAUUUCCCAAUAUAAAUAAUACUUACAAACCUA